UCUGAAUGGCUUAGCCUUAAAGAUAAAGAAGUUUCUUUUUUUUUUAAUAAAGAAGUUUCUGAGUUACUUAAUGUGUACUGUCUUAUGGGCAAUAGUGACAUUUCCCCAGGGACAAAACAUGAAAGGUCCAAAGUUUUCUAAACUACUGGGAAGGAAAGGGUGCAAAAGUACUGCUGGCGCCCUUGCCUGGACAGCAGCUUCUCACCCUGUGUUGCAGUCGAGGGCGGGCCCAGAAGCCAUGACCAACGCCCUAAUUGGCUGCGUUGGCACAGCGGGGCGUGUCUACGAACUGACGCUCCUCCGCCCUGAUUGGCUGCGGGCAAAGAGCUGGGGUCAGUGUCUCCCGGUCUGAGAGGAAUUCACCGGCCAUUUGGAACCACUAGGCACCCCUCCUUAGGGGAGGAGGAAGGAAGAUUGGUUCUAGGGGCGUCCCAGGACUACUCAAGCCUUACUUGGAGCUGACAUCCACAGGUAUGAUGAUGUGUACACUCUGAAAUUAGCCAGUAUAACUGCAGUCAUGUUGUCGAAGCUAAUGAUUCAAUCCCAGUCAUACAGGCUGUGGUCUUUCAGCAAGAUGCAAUCCACUCCAAAAUAUAGACUUUUAUUAGCACACUGCACCUGUACAACUGAUAGACACUCAAACAAGGAAAAUAAAAGAACCGUGGAAAAGCUCUGUAAAUUUUCUGUGGAUAUUGGGAAAAUUCGCAGAUUGAAAGGAUGGGUACUUUUGAAGGAUGAAACCUAUGUUGAGGAAAUUGCAAAUAUUUUACAACACCUAGGUGCUGAUGAUACUGCUGUGGCCAGUAUUUUGGAACGCUGCCCAGAAACAAUUCUUUGUAAUCCAACCGCUGUUAAUACCCAGAGAGAACUCUGGCAGUUGGUCUGCAAAAACAAGGAAGAGUUGGUCAAGUUAAUAGAACAGUUUCCAGAAUCUUUUUUUAAUGUUAAAGAUCAAGAAAUCCAGAAGUUGAACAUUCAGUUCUUUCAAGAGUUGGGACUCAAAAAUGUAGUCAUUUGCAGGUUUUUGACAAGUAUACCUAAUAUUUUUCAUAAUCCCAUUGAAAAGAACAAACAAAUUAUAAAGAUUCUUCAAGAAAGUUAUCUAAAUUUAGGUGGAUCUGAGGCUAAUAUGAAAGUUUGGCUACUAAAAUUAUUAAGCCAAAACCCAUUUAUUUUGUUAAAUUCAUCUGCAGCUAUAAAAGAGACAUUAGAAUUUUUCCAGGAGCAAGGUUUCACAAACUUUGAAAUUCUCCAACUCCUAUCCAAACUUAAAGGAUUUCUUUUUCAGCUUUGUCCAGAAAGCAUACAGAGCAGUAUGGCCUUCUCUAAAAAUACUUUCAAGUGUACAGAUCAUGACUUGAAGCAGUUAGUUUUGAAAUGUCCUGCCCUUUUAUAUUACUCUGUUCCCAUUUUAGAAGAGAGAAUUCAGGGUUUAUUGCAAGAAGGAAUUUCUAUAACUCAGAUAAGAGAGACUCCAAUGGUUCUAGAAUUAACACCACAGAUAGUACAUUACAGAAUAAAGAAACUGAAUUCCUUAGGCUAUAAAAUAAAGGAUGGACAUCUAAAAAACCUAAAUGGAACCAAAAAAGAGUUUGAAGCUAACUUUGGUAAAAUGCAAGCUAAAGAAGGAAGGCCAUUAUUUAACCCUGUGGCACCAUUAAAUGUUGAUGAGUGACUUGCUGACUGGUAUAAUCUUUCUAGGAGUGCAGAGGGAAACUGAUUUUGGCAAAUUGUACACAUCAGUAAUUUUAAACAAUUUAUAUUAAACUUCUGGAUUAUG